CCGCCAUUUUGGUGCGCGCUUUGUUAUGGUUUGUGCAGAGCAGGAAGCGCGCUGCGAGCUGGAGGGAGAGUUUAGGGUCUCAGUGUGAGCGACGAGCCCCGUCCUGACCGCGAGCACUGACCGAGAGUUUGAUGCCCAACAUAAGUGCCAUACAGAAAAAAUGCGUCUGAUCUUUUCCACAAACCCAUAAAUAGGCAAUUGGAACAUCCACCUUUAUACCAUAUUUAAUUUUUUCCAUACACAUCUGUCAUUUUACCCACUUCUUACGUCAAGCUAUGUCAUUGUCAACACGUGAUAUUGGGCAGAUAUUUUUAUGUCCGUUUCAUUGUGUUUUCUGUUGAAUUUCUUUUAUUUUUUGACCAUGGAGAAUGCAAAAUAAUUAAACACGAUUUUUGUGUUUUGGGGUGUCUUGGUCUCCCUCCUGCUGGCUUGUUGAGGUUGUCGUCAUUUAAAUUAAUGAGGGCAGCAAGUGGAUUUACAGAAGAAUUGGCUCAACAGAACUGGACUGUUAUUUCUUAUUCAGAAUCACUAUUUCAUUUGCAAAGGCUCUGAUAUGACUGUAACACACCUUUUCAUUGAUAUAAACAGGACCCACCUGUCUGUUUAAUGAGGUGAAAAUUGCACUAGGGGAUUUUUUUUUUUUUUUGGUAACGGCGGGGUUUGAUUUUGUAUUUUGUAUUUUUCAUUUUUUUUGCCCCAUGUAAGUGGUCAUUUUCAAAGCUUUUUUUUUUUUUUUUUAAAUUCAAUUUGCAAUUCUAACAAGCAGGAUGUGCACUUAAGUUGUGGGUAUGUUUGAAAGGAAACAAUCUGGCAUGUAGAAGAACUUUGUCUUCUGUGCCACACUUCUGAGGGGCUGUCCUCGUGCCCAGGAAUAGAUAAUCGAUACUAAGGAGCCGCACACAAAACUGUAAGGCGCUGUCCAUCGUGUUCAAAGUAGGGGCAGACCCUGCCUUGGCCAUGAGGAUUAAUGCCUCAAUUCAUUGGUAGAAGAUUCACAACCUAAAUGGCGCAGCAUGACUUUGUUCCUGCUUGGCUUAACUUCUCCACACCGCAGUCCACCAAGUCCUCCUCGGGCAUUGUUGAGAGACAUGGAGAGCACCUUCCCAGGGGCGAGGGUCGUUUGGGAGUGAGUCGCAGGAGACACAAUUCUUCUGAUGGCUUUUUUAACAAUGGGCCUCUCCGCACCUCUGGAGACUCCUGGCACCAGCCAUCCCUUUUGCGACACGACUCUGUGGACUCCGGGGUCUCGAAAGGUUCCAAUGGCUCUCAGUCUGGUUGGCACGGACCGUCCCGUGGCCAAGAUGGUGCUUCGCAGCGUACAGGAGGAAGUGGCACCAACGGGGCAGGGAAUGCAAGUCAUCGUACUCGCAAUGGCAACGUCCUGUCUCGUAAAAAUAUCUCUACGCAGGACAAGCAGCCGGCCGAGGCCAGAGAGGAAAAGAACGCGGAGAGGAAGAAGUUGCAGUUUGAGGAGGAGGACUUUCCAUCAUUAAAUCCUGAGACCGGCAAGCAGGUGAUGCAGAAUAAGCAGACUGGGACCCCUACUGGAGUUUGGGAAAACCCUCCAAGUGCCAAGCAACCUCUCAAGGUCCUAGUUAUCAAAAAGAUUUCUAAGGAGGAUCCAUCUGCCUUCUCAGCAGCUUUUGCAUCUCCAGUACCUCAUCUUUCUAAUGGCAGUAGCAACAAGACUAACCCAUCUGGACCUAUCGUGUACAAAAAUCUUCUUCAAAAACCAGCUGUCUCUCUAGCCAAGCCUGGUCCCUGGAAGUCCAAUGGCCGGGAUCCCAAAUCUGGCUCGUUUUCUAAUCGUGAUUCUGCUUUCACCAGCCCGGUGCUAGCCACCAAGCCAGUAGUGCAAGCCCCUGCACCCCUCUUUAGCUCACCCAAAGAGGGUACCGCUAGCGUCACUCCACCUCUGGAACACAGCAUCUCACGACUUACUAGGAUGACUCGCCGCAUCCCUGACAAGAAAAGUGAGUUUCUCAAGGCUCUGAAAGAUGAACAAGACGCUGAUCCAACAGAGGACCGAGAUAUUGACAAACUGGAAGAAGUGCAAAGCCCUUCAGACUUGAAUGACCUUGAUGGAGAACACAGUGAUCCCUUCCAUCACAAUGGCAUCUCCACCUCUCAGGAAGGAAAAAGAGAGAGGUUUAUUUACUCACUGGAAGCAGAGUACAGAUUAUUGAAAGCGAUGGGAUGGCAGGAGUAUCCAGAGAAUGAAGAAGACUUUCUGCCUCUAACCGAGGAGGAAUUACAGGAAUUUCACAUCAAAUCUCAGCAACUCAAACGCAAUGGUAUGGGACAAAAUGGCUUUUUGAGGCAGCCACGCAGGUGUGCUCUUCUCUUUGCUUGGCGUUGCCCUCUUACCCCUGACCCCAGCGAAUGCUCCGCCUCGGACACAAGCAGCACAGAUACUUCUGACGAUGAAUCCUGAUCCUCUCUCAAACAAGCAGCAAAGCAUCCCCUCCUAACCUGAACUGCUCUCCAACACAAUUCGUUGUGCGAAUGUUCAACAUAGUCUUUAUGGAAGAAGAGUUUAACAAAUAACACAUUAUUGUGUUUUGUUUUGAUUUUCAGCCGUUUGCUGCCCAAAUAUCCUGACUCGUGUCCCGAGUAGGUGUUUAAUAUUUUGUGAUAAAUGGGAAGUAUUUGAGAACAUUUUUUUUUUUUUUUUUUUUCGUUUUAUCUUUGUUCCCACAUCUACAGGUUCUCUCAUGUUUCAAUGCUUCCUACACACAAAUCUGAUUUUGUGAAAGUUGUGGAGACGGGUUGAGUUUUGUUUUUGUUUUCCUUUUUUUUUCUGCAUAUCUUAAACUCUGACUCACAAAUCAUUACAAUUUGAAAAGAAGCGUGUAAUGCCGAAAGCCGGAAUGAAACAACUUUAACCCACUAAAAGCGAUCACUGUCCAAAAAUCUUAAACUCUAAUUGUGAUUGGUUCAUUCUGAUAACAUGGAUAUAUCUAGGUGUUCUGCACGUGCUUCUCCAUCUUACAACUGAGCAAUCGGACUUGUUCAUCCAUAAUUAUUUUAAUUUUUAAGGGAAUAAUUUGAAAAUGUAAAAAGUGUUCAGAGAUAUUUCAUUUUUCUUUUCUUUUCUUUGUUUUUUUUUUGUUUCCUCACAGCCUUGACAUUCAGGGUGGAUUGUAAAAUAAAACAAGAUUUGGGUAAAAAAAAAAUUACCAUUCUUGGGGAAGAUUUCAAAAGAUUAUUUUGAUAACAUUAUUUACAGAUUAAAGAAAACUGGUUAUCUGUAUGUGAGGGCAAUGUCACCACAGCAGCUAAUAACUUUGAAUAAAUAUUUUGCAUCAGUUUGCCAAAUAA